CAACGCAAUCCGAUCCUGUUGUUUCGAGAUGUACAGGAGAUGGUUGUUGGACGGGUCCGGGACACUGCCGAAUUCCUCGACUCAGAUGAGCACACGCGUGUCAUCUCGUUGUCGCUGCUUCCCGCUCACUACAUUCAGCAGACCACAGAUUAUCGGUAA